UUCGUCUCUUCUUCCUUUGGAGCAAUCGAAUGGUAUAAUUGGCGCGACGAUGUACGCCAAGGACUUGUCGGCUUCCUCCUCCUUCGGCCGCUCCAUCCUCAGCUUCCGCCGGGACCAGGCCAUGGACACUGGCGCCGGAGGCGAGCAGCAGGACGCGCUGAUGCUGGGCUUCCAAUCUUGCGUCGAGUACGUGUUAGUGGAUCUCUCCGCGGCCGCAGCAGCCGACGGCGACGGGCUACUCUCGAUCGCCUGGAUCCGCCGGCUCCUCCACGCCUUCCUGCUGUGCCACGAGGAGUUCCGGGCUCUCCUCCUCGACCGCGGCGCCGACAUCGCUCGGCCUCCCGUGGAUCGCCUCCUCGCGGAGUACUACGAUCGCGCCAUCAAGGCACUCGACAUCUGCAACGCCGUGCGCGACGGCAUCGAGCAGAUCCGCCGAUGGCGGGCGCACCUCGAGAUCGCGGUGGCGGCCCUGCGGCCAGCCGGCAGCGGCGGGGGGAUCAGCGAGGGGCAGGUGCGACGCGCCCGCAAAGCGCUCACGGACCUCGCCGUCCUGAUGCUGGAAGACAGGGACGCCGGCUCCACCGCCAUCUCCCACCGCAACCGCUCCUUCGGCCGCAGCAGCGGCUCCGGCUCCUCCUAUGCCUCCUCCCCCAAAACCACCGGGCGCCAAGUCUCCAAAUUCCGCUCCCUCUCCUGGAGCGUGUCCCGCUCCUGGUCCGCCGCGCGGCAGCUUCAAGCCAUCGGGAGCAACCUGGCGGCCCCGCGAGGUCACGAGGUGGUCGCCACGGCGGGGCUGGCCGUGCCCGUGUACACAGCGAGCGCGGUGCUCCUCUUCACAAUGUGGUGCGUCGUGGCGGCGAUCCCCUGCCAGGACCGCGGCCUCCAGGUCCACUUCACUGUCCCCAGGACCUUUCCAUGGGCGUCGGCCGUCACGUCCCUGCACGAGCGGAUCGUGGAGGAGUCGAAGAAGAGAGACAGGAAGAGCUCGGCGGGGCUGCUGAAGGAGAUCCGACAGAUCGAGAGGUGCACGCAGCAGCUGACGGAGCUGAUGCAGGCCAUCAAGUUCCCCAUGGCAGAAGGCGAGGAGAAGGAGCUGAGCCAUAGGGCCGAUGAGUUGGCGCAGAUCUGCGACGCAUUGACGGAGGGGCUCGAGCCUUUGGAGCGACAGGUGCGAGAGAUCUUCCUCCGGAUCGUGCGCAGCCGCACCGAGAGCCUCAAUUCCCCUGCUCGUGCUGCAAAUUAAGAACCGAGAGGCAAACAACAAUACAAUAGAGAGUGGAAUGUAUAUAGAAAUAUAGCUGCAAAUGAUUGAGUGAAUCAGCCUUUUGGUACUCUGAAAUCUACAAGAUCCUCUUGUAGUGAGGAAAUCUGUCAGGGCCAUUUUCCGAAUCCAGUGUGGUUUUUUCCACCUUGUAUAGAUUUGGUUAUGCUCUAAUUUUUCAUACUAAUAUGCAUUCAAGUGAAACA